AUGUCGUUAGCGGGGCCAUGGAAGAAUAUCAUAAGUGUUGGGCAAUUGGUAUUACAUGCGGAUAUAGAUCUCAAAAAUGCGGCUUCAGCAACAUGGGCUAAUGGGAACAAUAUUCAGUUCUGGUUGGAUAGUUGGGCCGAUCCGAUACCGUUUUAUUCUAAAUAUCCAGAGCUAUUUAAGGCUGAAAGAGACAAAGAAUGUCUGGUGGAAGACCGGGUGGAACUGGGUGAUUCGGGGCCGAUGUAUUCAUGGGAUUGGGAACGGCCUAUACUUGAUGACUCGGUAAAUCUUCAGUUGCAACAAAUGAAGAUCUUAAUUGAUUCUGACAAGUGGUUUUGGAAAUAUGAUGUAAAUGGUUGCUUCACGGUGGCCGGAAUCAAGAAGAUAUUAAGUUCGGUUAACCGGGACAGCCCUGUUAGAGCUUUUGAAUGGAAUAAUUGGGUUCCGAAAAAGGUUGCUAUUGUGGCAUGGAGGGCAGAAAUGGAACGGCUUCCGACUAAGUGUGCGCUUGUGGCUCGUAAUGUUCCGGUUCAAGAUCAAGAAUGUGUGUUUUGCGGGGAGGUUGCCGAGACAUGUGAGCACUUGUUUGUUGCUUGCCAUUUCGCACAAUCAAUAUGGUUAAGUAUCGCGGAGUGGUGUAAUGUUCAGCCGAUCAUAGCAUUUGGGAUCAAUGAUUUACUUAGCAUACACGAGGUUAGCUCUGGUUCUUCGAAGAAGAGAAAGGCGGUUCAUGCAGUGGUGUUGGUGGCUAUAUGGUGCAUAUGGAAAUUAAGGAACGAGACAAUUUUCAGGCAAGGUGUUCUGAAUUACGCAAAGACUUUGGAUGAGAUAAAAUCGAUGGCGUAUCUUUGGAUUAAGAAUAGAUCUAAGAUGGGAACGUUAACAUGGGAGGAUUGGGGAAGAUUUAGUUUCGCAAGCUCGUGA